CGCAUUUCUGCACUGCAAUCCAACUUCGAUCGGAAGACUCCAUCCAGAGAUGGAAGGCGAUAUUAUUGCAGAGCUCAAUGAGCUCUUUUCUACUUCUUCCCCCGAAGGACUGACCGAGGAUGUCCUAAAUGAACUACAAUCCAUACUACGCGUGCACUUGAUUUCUCCUCAAGAACUCUUCUACAAAUGGGAGUCCUACUGCUUAAAAAUGGGCGCGGAGGAAACGAAGUUGGAUCUAGAAACGGUUAGGGCCUUUAAGCGAGAUGUUCAAGAAGCAUUGGAGCGGGAGAGUCGAAGCAGAACCGCGCGACAGACAGAGAAGAGGAGCGCAACAACCGCUACGCCCCGCGUUGCUGCGAAUGCAGACAUGUUUGGGAUGUAAGUCAAAGGUGGAUGGGCAUCUAUGCUCGUUACUGAAUAGAGUUGCAAUCCAGGUUAGAUGAACUAAAUCCCAAUGCCUCUCUUGCUCGAACGCCGAAAGGCGCCAAUGGACUGUCCGCAAAACGCAAAUCUGAUUUUGAGUCGCCUUCCAUCUCGAAAGUGGGCAGGUUGCAAAAGAAUGACUCUCCGACAGGCUUGAAGACAAUGAGAACAGCCAUCAAUGGCAAUUCAACGGACGUUAUACGGCCUGUUCUAUUUUCUGAGCGUGAAAACUCGGGCCAGAUAUUGGAAACUAUAAAUGCUCACUUAUCGACGCCAGAAGCGCCGAUGGCACCCUUCUCAGAGCCUCGAAUCCGACCGACCGCAAAUACAGACCUGAAGAAGUUCGGAUAUAAGCCGAUGGCAAUGCGACUCUCAGAGGCAUCUGAGAUUCUCGAUGACCGAAUUGAUGAGUUCUACACCAUUUUUCAGAAGCAGUACGAGACGGAGGAUAUUGCAUUUGGAAGUGCAGCCACGCAAAGCACCAGUGAGAUCAUCGCAGUUGGACGGAUAGCGUCAGACAGUCUCGAGGGCAAACUAAACCCUGCAUCUCUCGUACUGGAAACAUCAAGACGAACCGGGGCUGGCUUGCGGGUACCACUGAAGGUAGACAAUCUUCCGUCGAUCAGUUUCUUCCCGGGACAGAUCGUUGCCCUGAGGGGCAACAACGCUUCCGGGGAAUAUUUCUCUGUCAAAGAGGUUCUAUCGGUACCUCUCUUGCCUCCCGCAGUGUCAUCGCCGGUCGCGAUUGAAAAUAUCAAUGAGCGACUAGGCGUAGCUGAAGGCAACCCUCCUCUUAACAUCUUUGUCGCUUCCGGCCCUUACACUGCGGACGACAACUUGGAUUUCGAGCCUUUGAAGGAAAUCUGUCGGAAAGCCGCAGAUUGCUACGCCGAUGGCCUUCUAUUAAUGGGUCCGUUCCUAGACAUAGAACACCCCCUUAUCGCAUCCGGGGAUUUUGACCUGCCUGAUGUGAACGGAUACGAUCCUGAUACGGCGACGCUGGCCAUGGUGUUCCGGCAUUGCAUCACAGCACCGUUGCAGAAACUGGCUGCGGCGGUUCCCAGCAUCACAAUCAUACUUGUUCCAUCAGUUCGCGAUGCAGUGAGCAAGCAUGUCUCAUGGCCACAGGAACAGUUACCCAAGAAGGAACUGGGUUUGCCGAAACAGGUCCGCAUGGUUUCCAAUCCGGUAACGUUGUCACUUAAUGAGACGGUUAUUGGAUUCUGCUCGCACGAUGUCUUCUACGAGCUGCGUCGAGAGGAAGUUCUCCGCGGUAAACCUAAGGAUGGCAAUCUCCUAACGCGGCUACCAAAGUACCUAAUUGAACAACGCCAUUUCUCGCCCAUCUUCCCGCCGUCCUCACGCGAACAUCUUCCCCGGCCUGGUACUGACAGCGGACUAGCCACGGGCGCCAUGUUGGAUGUGAGCUACUCGAAACUAGGCGAAUGGUGGAAUGUGCGACCAGACGUGCUCAUUACUCCAAGUAUCCUGCCACCGUUUGUGAAAGUUGUCGAUAGCGUCCUUGUGAUUAAUCCCGGGACUCUAUCGAAACGUCGGGCGGCGGGGACAUAUGCGCAGAUGGGGAUCCAUCCUCAGGAGAUCACUGAAGAAGAGCGGGAACAGAAACAGCUGCACCACAAGCUCUAUGAACGAGCGCGGGUGGACAUUAUCAAGAUCUAGAAUUGUAUAUAUCGCACAUGACGGUUGGCGUUAGGCGUCAGGUUCGAGUAGGGAAAUUGGACAAGACGAAGCUUCGAUGAACAUACGGGUAUCAUAUCAUAUAGUCAUGAAUAAAGACAAAUAACAGACCUGCAACUCAACGGCUUUCUUCCUGCAUCCCCAAACACUACCCGCAAGGCACAGGGGGAGAUGGAUAUAGGAUCACCGUAAACAGAUAGUCCUCUUCCC